AUGCACACGAUUCUCGACCAGGUAGCUUCGAGAGUCAUCGAGGAGGAGCAGCCAGUCAGUAUCUACGUGUUGACGAAUGGCCAUUGGGACAUUCGUACCCCGAAAAGUAUCUGCAACGUUGAAAAGCGUAUUGUACGGCUCGUAAAGCACAUUGUCGACAAUAACAAGCAGUCCAACUGGGCCAUGGUUCAGUUCAUCAGCUUUUUCAGAGACCCACCUAUCGAGGCCGAUGAACAUGGGAGGGCGCGAUUGAAGUACCUGGACAACGACCUGAGAGCAGAUCUAGGACUUGAAAGAGAUAUCGUUGACACCCGAAGCUCCAAGAAAGACGUGAGAAAGAUUCUACUAGGAUCUUUAUCACCAGAGGCAGAUGAAUCGCCAUCAGAGUCGGAUUAA